UCGCUUUUAUUAAUGCUCUUCAAUUAAAUUUUAUUAUUUAAUUUCCUUUGAAUUAUUAAGAACAGUUGGAGCAGGUAUUAAAUAAUAGAUAGCAAGGGUUAGUUCAGAGAUCAAAAUCCAAUCGAACCUGGCCGUACGUAAAUGAUGAGAGAGCUUCCGGCAACUCGCCACUCUUCGAUCCAUUACUCUCUCUCUCUCUAGAAUGAAGUUCCUCUUGGAGUUCGUCGGCUGCUGCGGCUCCUCCGCAUGUGAUUUAGCGCCGCCUCAAGCUCGUCCUCCUACGUCGGCCUACGACCCCCGGAAGCGCGGCAGGACGGCAGCGCAGACGCUGAGGUCUAAGUCGGCAGCCGAGUGGCAGCCCUCGCUUUACUCCAUCUCAGAGGAUACCAUUCCACCGGCGGAGAAAGACCAGCGGACUCUCGGCGUGUCGGACAGGAUGCGCAAGAGAAAGACCGGCCCUGCCGGAGCCGGAAGUCACGUUCGUAGCUACAGCGACGAUUUCGGUAGAAAUGGAUAUCCGGCGAUCUUACCGGCAUUCUCGGCGGCACCGUUCCUGUUCUGAGGGGCGUCAUCAGAUUCGGCUCUUCCUCUCUGUUUACUUUUACAUUUUCAAUUUUUUGUCAUAUGCGUGAAUGUGUAUAUUUUACCUUUUCAACUCUCAUGGUGGAUUAGCGUGUAUAUCUUAUUAUAUUUAAUAUAACCCUCAAAAUAUUAGAAAAGUUAAAACUA